AUGCAAAGUACUGCUAUUAUUAGUUCUAUGGUUGUUUUAAUGAUCAAGGUUAUUAUCUUUGCUCUAGUUGUAGCACUUUCAAUCUCAUCGGUUGUCAAUGCUGGUAACGCUAUCGAUGUAGAUGCUGAUACAGCUGGUUAUAUCGCGCCAUCACAAUACAGCUGUUUUGCAGAACAAAAUCAAAAGAUCAUCAUUCAAGCUUGGUCUGGAGGUUAUGGUUUAAAUAAUGAUUUGGCAUCUGCAUAUAAUAGUGCCACUGCUGCUGGUUUAUCUGUUGAUAUUUAUGCCUUUUUUUGCAGUCAAUGUACUGGAAAUAAUCCAGUAUCAACAGCUAUCAAGACUUUGGUUUCUUAUUGCAGGUCUAAUGGUGUCUACUUUGGUACGCUUUGGAUCGAUGUUGAACAAUGUCAAGGAUGUUGGGGAAGCAGUACCUCUUCCAAUGCUCAAUUUGUUGUCCAAGCCGUUCAAGCUGCUGCAUCAUUCGGUGUUAAUGUCGGUGUCUAUUCUUCCCUCAGUGAAUGGAGUCAAACCGUCGGUACAUUGGACCAAUUAUCUGCCUACCCACAAUGGUAUGCUCACUAUGAUAACAACCCUUCUUUCAGUGACACUUCCUACUAUAAAUAUGGAGGCUGGUCAAACCCACAAAUGAAGCAAUACUUUGGUAACUCUGACCAAUGUGGCGUCAUUGUUGAUUUAAACUAUUUUGAUGAAUCCAAUACCACCACCACCGGUACUACUAGUGGCUCGAUAUCUGGAUCGGGCUCUGGCUCAGGUUCAGGUUCAGGUUCAGGUUUAUCAUCCUCUGGUAACUCUACCUCCACUUCAGCCACAUCUGGCUCGGGAUCAUCAGGAUCGGGCUCUGGCUCAGGAUCAGGAUCCUCAUCCUCUGGCAACUCUACCUCUGCCACAUCUGGCUCAGGAUCAGGAUCGGGUUCCAGCUCAGGUUCGGGAUCAGGUUCGUCAUCCAACUCGACCUCAUCUGGCUCUGGAUCAGGAUCAUCCAACUCUGGCUCAGCAUUUGCCACCACUGGAUUCUCGACCUCUGGUUGUCCAACUCCAGCUACUGGCUCAACGUCUGCCUCUGGUUCCUCGGGAGCAACAUCUGCAACAACCUCUGGGUCAGGCUCUGGCUCAGGAUCAGGUUCGUCAUCCAACUCGACCUCAUCUGGCUCAGGAUCAGGCUCAAGUUCAUCCAACUCGACCUCAUCUACUGGAUCUGGUUCUGCCUCUGACUCGUCCAACUCUGAUAACUCCUCAGACUCCUCGACAUCUGGCUGCCCAACACCAGCUACUGGCUCAACCUCUGCCUCUGGUUCCUCGGGUGCAACAUCUGCAACCACCUCUGGAUCUGGAUCUGGUUCGGGUUCUGGUUCGGGAUCUAGCUCAGGUUCUUCCAGCUCUGAUUCAGCUGAUGAUUAUAAUAUUAUACUAUUCCCUUCCACUAAAACAAAAAUAUCGGUUAUAUAA